AUGGCCAUUUUUAGCGCGAUUGGUCUUGGUGUUCGAUCCCUCGCCUCGAAUUCGGCUCAUAGAUGCAAGCUGUCGAGUCAAUUUGGCAAUAUCUUCAUGGAAUCGAUUUUCCUUGUUAUCCAAACAACAAAGACUCCUCAUCACAGAAACCAUGCGAGGCCGCUCACUGUGCCUCCCACCAAUAUCCCACAACAGAAGAAAGGGCAUUUUGAGAUAGAGCGUAAAUUUGUGUUUGAUGUAACCAAAAUUCCCGUGUUGGAGCGCAACGGUGGCCCUAUCAAAUUUGAGUCCGUCAAAUUUAUCUGCACGAAAUCUUUCACCGACAUUUAUUACGACGUCGAUGGAAAUGAUUAUCCUCUAACCUCCCAGGAUAUCUGGCUUCGCCAGCGUGACGAAAAAUGGCAGUGUAAGACGCCGAUGGAUUUGGUGACCUCCAUGGACUCCUACCACGAACUCGAGGAUUUGAAUAAGAUUUCCGACUACCUCGGUCAAGUGCUCGUCGCACGGAACCCGUCAAUCCCGAAAGACUCUCAAUCGUUUGGAUUAUGGUUAAAUGAAAAGUUUUCCCUCACGCCGUUCUGCAUGAUAAAGACAACGCGCCAAAGUUACCUUCUGGACAAUAAGUUUACGUUAGACUUGGACACCGCAGAUUUUGGGCAUAAUGUAGGGGAAAUCGAAUUGGUUGUGCACUCGAAAGCUGAAGUUGGUGAUGCCGAAAUUAGAAUUGCACGGUUAUUGAGGAAACAUGAUUGGUUCUUCGACACUAGCGGAGUAGUUUUGGGUAAAUUGUCAGCUUAUAUAGGAAGAUUUAAUAGGAAGCAGUGGGAAUGCAUGGAAAGGUCGGGAGUGUUGAAAAGGAAAUUGUACCCUGAGAGUUUGGAAGAUGUGAUCAAAAGGGUGAAGUUGUAA